GGGCCCCCCUGUGUGCCCGGGCCCUCUACAGGAGGACUGGUGGUCCCCCUCUAUCAGCGGCCCUGACUCCCAGUAAGGUUUCUAUAUCCCGGCAUGCAGGAAUGACUAUAAUGAACAACAGUAUUGUGACAGAUUUUAUUCUCCUUGGAUUUACAGACCUUGUUUCCAUCCAAAUCAUUCUAUUUUAUGCAUUUCUUGUCAUUUAUGUGCUAACCCUAUCAGGAAAUGUAGCUAUCAUUGCUACAACUUCAUUCAGCAUGGAGCUCCAUUCUCCCAUGUAUUUCUUCCUGAGCAAUUUAUCUUUACUUGAGAUAUUUUAUACCUCGGUCACCAUUCCAAAAAUGCUUCAAAAUGUUCUUCUCGACACUAAUUCUAUCUCCUUCGUUGCCUGCGUUGUCCAGACGUAUUUAUUUAUAGCUCUGGGCAGCAUUGAAUGCUCCUUGCUUGCCGUUAUGGCUUAUGACCGGUAUUUGGCCAUCUGUGACCCCCUGCAUUAUGUGACCGUCAUGGACCGUCCUACUCGUCUUGUUUUAGCCUUGAGCUCUUGGAUCAGUGGGUUCAUCAACUCUAUGGUCCACACCACCUGUACCUUCCAGCACAAUUUCUGUUCCUCUAAUGUCAUCAACCAGUUCUUUUGUGACAUCCGACCCUUGUUGAGUUUGGCUUGUGAUGACACGCUAUCUACCGAGAUAGUACUCACUGUCGUUGGUGGAGGAUAUGGCGUUGGCUCUUUUAUUUUGACUCUGAUAUCUUAUAUCCACAUUAUUUCCACCAUACUGAAGAUCAGGUCUAGGAAAGGACAGCGGAAAGCCUUUUCCACCUGUGCCUCUCAUCUGAUUGUUGUCUCCUUGUUUUAUGGCACUUCACUCUUCGCCUAUCCUAGACGUAGCUCAAAACAAACCACCGACCAGCAGAAAAUAGCGCCAGUGAUUUACGCGGUGGUCACACCCACGCUCAAUCCGUUUAUUUAUACGAUGAGGAACAAAGAGUUUAAGACUGUGCUAAGAAACAUGAUUGGGAGAAAGCUGCCAAAAGUUACUUUGUUCACACAUGGACAUUCAUAGGUGACUGAAGAUAGAAGCCAUAGAAGUCAGCCUACCCAAUACAGAAACUUUCGCCAUGGAU